AUGCAGUUCACUACCAUUGCCUCCCUCCUCUUUGCUGCCAGCGGCCUUGCCAGCGGCGCCUCCCUCCGUCCUCGCCAGGACGCCUGUGACUAUCACACAGCGGGUGACUGGACCUGGAGGAUCAGCCGAUUUGUCGGUCGCAAGCCCGAAGGUACCUACUACAACAUGAUUUCUUUCCAUGUUGCGUCCACCAACCCGGGAUCUUCUCUCGAGGUUGCCUGUACCGCCAGUGCCGACCGCAUGGAGGACAGCGUCUUCUAUUCAUGUGGCACCGACGGCUUCGAAUUUGCCUUCGUGAAUGAAUACAACGGCUUGAUUUUCAAGUACGGCACCGACAACCCGAUUAUGGGCACUGUUACUCUCCCUAUCGUCUGCCGUGCGGGCGGCGCAGGCCCUAACGACCAAGUCUGCGAGACUUUCCAGGAUCGCUGCGUUACGCUUCUUGCCCACCCUAGCAAAUAA